AUGCCUUCACCAUGGGUCCAGUACCCAUCGACAGCGGCUAUUCCUGAGCAUUGCGAACCUGCUACGCCCUUCCUGGCUACCGUAUCGUCGUUCCUUCACAUAUGUCUGCCGACGCACUUAGCGUUGCUAUCGUCGACCCUGGGAACACUGAGCAUCGUUUCCUGGCUGUUCGCGCAGCUUCCGCAGAUAUACAAGAAUUACAGUCUCCAGUCAACAGCGGGGUUGUCAGUGUGGUUUCUCGUCGAAUGGUGCCUGGGCGACUCGGGUAAUCUGAUAGGUUCAGUCUUAACGAACCAGGCUGGUUGGCAGAUCAUCAUCGCUAGUUACUAUGUGAUGGUGGAUAUUGUGCUUGUCUUUCAAUACUACUGGUAUACGUACUUGAAAGGAUGGCGGUUCCCACGAUAUGGCUAUAUAAGUGCUCCAGAGGAUGACGACGAGGAAGAGUCAUGGGAAGGCGUGCUGUCCUUGGAAACCAACUCACGCUGCCAGUUAGCUUCCACUCCUACGGUGCCGCGACUCGAAGGUAAGACCGUUGCGACACAAACGGUUCGGAGUCUGGAUACACCACAAAGCCACACUCCCUCCAACCAGAGCGAGAAAAGGAGUUCGUCCAGUCGUACUAUUGAACGCACAGGUGCCAGCGCGAGCAGCCCGGUGCCGUUCACAUCCCCCCGCACGGUUAUCAUGAUCACCAUGCUCUGCGCUGUUCUUUCGAAUGCUGCCUCAAUCCCCGAAUCCCGCGCUCCCCCUACCACUCCUCACCCAUCGCUGCCGGACUCCGACGUUAAAGUAAUCGCCGGGCGUAUCGCAUCCUGGACCUCCACCAUCAUGUAUCUUGCCUCUCGCCUGCCGCAGAUCUUCAAGAACUAUCGCCGGAAGAGCACUACCGGCCUGUCGCCGCUGCUUUUCUUCGCGGCUUUCUGCGGGAAUUUCUUCUACUCGACCUCUUUGCUCACUAAUCCAAAUGCCUGGUUCGAUUUCCCACCGUACGGCGGCGGUGGAUGGGCUGGUCCCGAUGGUAGCGACCGCUUGGAAUGGAUUGGGCGAGCGAUUCCCUUCUGGCUUGGCGCCGCAGGCGUCUUAGUCCUGGAUUUCACGGUGGGAUUGCAGUUUAUGAUGUACGCAGAGAAGGAUGAGGAGCUCGUGAUCAAGAUCCGUGAGGAGGCCGAGGGCCGAAGCAGAUGGAAGAAAGUCACGGGUUGGAUGAGGGGCUGGAUCCCCUCGGGCUCGGCGGAGAGAGAUAACGAGGCUCUACGGGCGGCGAUGGCGGUGGAGAACCGAGCAUUAUUGGCAUCCCGCGGAAGUGAUUCAUAUGGUGGUGUUUAAGAGGGCUAUGUAAUUUUUAUACCCUAUGCGAUGUGAUGCGAUGCUUGUUUUCUUUUGUGAUUGACAUCAGCAUCUUUUAGAUGGUCGGGUGCAUAUGGUCAGAUCCCAUUAGACUUACACAUGGGCCUAAGGGGAUCUUUUUGCUUCUUUUUUUUUUUUCCCCCUUCUUUUCUACCCUCGUUAGCCUGCUUGUUUCCCCAGCAUCCAUUUGGCCCUUUUUCAACACGCAAGAGCCUGUUGAUACCCUAGUGUACAAUGAUGAUCACGACCUGCCUAUAACCUUACAUUGGCGAUGUUCUAGCGUUUUGGCGAUUACAUUACACAGCAUGUUCACAUCAUGAUCCCCCACAGCAUGCCGUGCACUAUAUAUGGCAGCAUGUUUUAGCCAGCAUCCUGUUUGUGCUCCUUGGCCUUUUUCAGUGCGUGUUUUCUGUUGACUAUAUAUCUCCAGUGGGCCAAAUGCACACUAUACCCAAGUGACCUUUGUUACCCACAUAGAGGUCUUGUUUGUAUGCUACUAUAGUGAGAUGAGCUAUAUUACCGCCUUCCUUGGGAGCCAUCGGACGAAAGUCAAGAUUUCAAUUGUCGUCGUCCUCAACAGAUGUGACAUUGAUGAC